UCUGGGACUGCCUAAAUUCGACAAGCACCACAUUGUUGACGCAUUUCGGGUCUCUCCAAGCGCAUACUGUUGCCCGAUUCUCCCAAUACCGGUAGUCGACAUCAUGCCUGCACCGUCAAAUAUCCUCUUGAUUGAGGGUAGCUUCGAGGAACUUGUCGACGAAUUCGCACAGUACCUCGACAAUCUCCGCAAAAGCGAGGAUGGCACCAGUGUGCACUCGGAAAUCACCCCUCUGCUCGAGCAGGGCCAGAACGACGAGGUGUUGAAGAAGCUGGUGACUUCCAGCUCAGUCUUGAACAGCGCUCCUGAGAAGGAGAUCAUCCCUGCGUACAACCUGCUUGUCCACCUGAUCCGCCAGUCGCCCAAUGUGAACAUUUUCCUUCCCAAAAUCUGCAACUACCUCUCGCAACCCCUUGGUGCUUCGCCGAGCAGCGGAAGCGGCCUUGCUCUCUCGGUUCUUACCACCAUCUUCAACAUCCUCCCGUCCAACAACGAGAGCCGGUACCACGUUUUCCUCGCCGUCCUGCGGGUCAUCAAGUCGAGCGCUUCAUUCGACGCUCUGCGGCCACAGCUCAAGAACUUGGACAACUGGAUUGCGCAAUGGGAAGUUGACGAGGAGGACCAGCGCAAGCUGUUCCUCGGCAUUGCCGAUGUUGCCCUCGAAGUGAGCGAGACCGAGCAAUCCUACCUGUACUUGCUGCGCGCUCUCAAGACGAUCCCCACCGAGGAAGUCUCGGAGCCUGAGGCCCGCGAACUGUCCCUCCGCGCUCUCAAGUCGGCUCUUACAUCCCCCUCGCAUUUUGACUUCCAGGACUUGACGGCGCUGGAUUCCAUCCAGGCUCUCCGCAAGUCGGACCCGAUUUUCUUCGAGCUGCUCGAGAUCUUCAACGCCGAGCUUCUCGACGACUACGCCGACUUCCAGGAGACCAACGCCAAGUGGAUCGACGAGCAGGGACUCGACCAGGACGUCCUCUACCGCAAGAUGCGUCUGCUGACGCUCGCCUCCCUGGCCGCCUCUACCCCGUCGCGCGCCCUCCCUUACGCCCAGAUCGCAAAGGCCCUCCAGGUCCCUGCCGAAGAGGUCGAGAUGUGGGUCAUCGAUGUCAUCCGUGCCGGUCUCGUCGAGGGCAAGCUCUCCCAGCUCAACCAGACCUUCCUCAUCCAUCGCAGCACCUACCGUGUCUUUGGCGAGAACCAGUGGCGCGAGGUUGCCUCCCGUCUUGACAUUUGGCGCGAGAGCCUCGUCAACGUUCUCGAGGUUGUGCGACGAGAGCGCGAGAACGUCAUCGUCCAGAAAGAGCGCGAGCUGCGUGAGCUCGAGGCCAAGGUGACCGGUGCUCCCGCUCCCACCGGCAACACGAGAAGAGGAAACGCUCCCCGCGAGAUUGAGGUCGAGUAAGAAUUCUCAAAUAUCUCUUCUUUCUCUCUCCUGAGUUGUUUUCUCUUUUUCUUUGGUUGCUCUCUUAUUUCACCUCCUUUUUCUUCACCUUCACCUUCACCUUCACCUUCCCCUCUUCUCCGUCGGAUGAUUGCUCUUUGAUGGCCUCCCCCUUUUUUUUUUCUCUCUCUCUCUGUUCCAUCUACCUUAUGGUUUCUUUAUCGUAACCUUCUUUUGUCUUAGAUCAUAUGGAUGUAUGUACUGGUGCCAAAGGUCGUGUUGUGUUGUUCAUGAUGAACGACCCCAAAAAUAUCAUGUGCUAGAGUCUCGAAAA